AUGGCGGAUUCUUCACGUGGCUCUGCAAGUUUCUGGACUCAGGCCGAUGCUCUGCACAGGAAGAACCUGGCCUUUCAGGUGUAUCAAGCAUGGUGGUGUCCUGUUGCUAGCCCGACGCUGUGGCAUCUAUUGUUGCAAAUACUGGAGCCGGAGUAUCGUGCAGUACAGUCAGAAUUUACUCCAUUUACGGAUUUGCCAGUUGAAUCCUGCAGGAAGACUGGUUCUUGUCCUGCAACAAUACUCUUGGCUGGACAGAAUGUUACUUUUGGACAGAGUCUUGGUGAAAACAUGAUCCCAAGUUCACCGCCUUUAAACAUCUCUGAUAUUUUUUACUCUGCCACUAGUGUUCUGGGAUCAGCAUCGAAGCCGUUUCCUACAAAUCUUAUUGAACCAGCCUUUGUUUCUGAUCAGUCCGUGUAUUUUCUCCACAAAUAUUGUGCCCUAAACUCGUCAUCUUUUGUUCCCUUGAGAUUUGGUUCUGCCACAUUCAAUCAAGAAAUCCAUUGUAUUCGAGGUUUAAAUUUGUGGCGAAACAGUUCAACUGAGAUAAAUGAUGAGCUGUAUAAGGGAUAUAGAAAGGCAAAUGCAAAGCAAAAGGUCAAUGAGAUUAUAGCAGCCUAUGAUUUCUUAAAUACAGAUGCAACAAUAUUUAACGUGAGCAUAUGGUAUAACUCUACCUAUAGAAAUGACUCGGGCAACAAUCCUAUUUCGGCAACACGGGUGCCUCGUUCAGUUAACUUGGCAUCAAAUGCUUACCUCCAGCUUUUGUUCGGGCCUGGACCUAAAAUAUUGUUCGAAUUUGUGAAAGAUAUGCCAAGGCCGGAAUCAAGGCUCAGACUGGAUCUCUCUUCUUUGCUUGGACCUAUGUUCUUUACAUGGGUUGUUUUACAACUAUUCCCUGUAAUGCUCACCUCUCUGGUUUACGGGAGGGAACAAAGGCUUAGGAUUAUGAUGAAAAUGCAUGGACUUGGAGACGGGCCCUAUUGGAUGAUCUCCUAUUCUUAUUUUCUUUUAUUGUCAUCUCUGUACAUGAUAGUUUUUGUCAUAUUUGGGUCAUUGAUCGGAUUGAGAUUCUUCACUCUGAAUGACUACAGUCUACAACUUGUAUUAUACUUCUUCCACAUAAACUUGCAAAUUUUGCUGGCUUUUCUUGUGUCUGUACUGUUCUCAAAUGUAAAGACUGCUUCAGUUGUGGGCUAUAUAAUAGUCCUUGGAACUGGUCUCUUGGGUACCUUUCUUUUCCAGCCCUUUCUCCAAGAUUCAUCUUUCCCAAGAGGCUGGAUCACUGCAAUGGAGUUAUUUCCUGGUUUUUCUCUUUAUCGUGGCUUAUACGACUUAGCUCAAUAUUCUUUCACUGGUUAUUACUUGGGGACUGUAGGAAUGCAAUGGAAAAAUCUGAGUGAAAGAAAUAAUGAACUGAAAGAGGUUCUCAUUGUCAUAGUUGUGGAAUGGCCGGUGGUUCUUUUACUGGCUUUUUAUCUAGACCAGGUUGUCUCAUCCAGAAGAAGUCCCACCUUUUUCAUGCAAAACAUACGGAAAAAGCCUCUCUCAUCAUUCAGAAAGUCUAGUUUUGAAGGACAAGGUUCUGUAGAUAUUGCUCAGAUGGACAAACCUGAUGUGCACCAAGAGGUUUACCCUGGGAGGGAUGGAAACCCAGAGAAAAUUGCAGUGAAAGGGUUGUCACUUGCUUUACCUCGUGGGGAAUGCUUUGGUAUGCUUGGUCCUAAUGGCGCUGGCAAAACUUCUUUUAAAAAACAUGGAAGGGAGCACCCACCCUUUUAUGGAAGACUCAAGAACCUCAAAGGUGUUGUAUUGACCCAAGCAGUGGAAGAAUCUCUGAAGAGUGUAAACCUAUUUUAUGGAAGCAUUGCAGACAAGCAAGCUGGGAAAUACAGUGGAGGAAUGAAGCGAAGGCUUAGUGUUGCAAUCUCGCUGAUUGGAGAUCCAAAAGUUGUUUACAUGGACGAACCAAGUACAGGAUUAGAUCCAGCUUCAAGAAGUAACUUGUGGAAGGUUGUGAAGCAGGCAAAGCAAGACAGGGCCAUCAUUCUUACAACUCAUUCAAUGGAAGAGGCAGAGCAUUUAUGUGACAGGUUGGGAAUAUUUGCCGAUGGAGACUUGCAAUGUAUAGGUAACCCAAAAGAGUUGAGGGCUACAUAUGGAGGAUCUUAUAUCUUUACUAUGACAACAUCAGCAACUCAUGAGGUAGAAGUGGAGAAUUUAGUGCGAGAAUUCUCCCGAAGUGCAAUUAGGACAUACCAAAUAUCCGGGACUCAAAAGUUCGAGUUGUCAAAGAAUGAGGUGAAGAUUGCUGAUGUUUUCCAUGCAGUUGAAGAAGCUAAGAGUAGAUUCACAGUUCAUGCAUGGGGUCUUGCGGAUACAACCUUAGAAGAUGUCUUCAUUAAGGUUGCUCGUGGAGCACAGGCCUUCGAUGUUCUGUCCUAA